AUGACACAACCUACUGGAUCUAAAGCGUUCCUUGAAGCAAAUGCAUUGGAUGUUAAGAAUCCAGUUAAAGAGAACAAAGCAUCUCGAGGACGUGGCGGUCGAAAUUACUGCGGACGUGGGAGAAACUACAGCCCACAGAAUAAGAAGUCAUUCCAGUGGACUCGUUCUGAACAAUCCCCGAAGGGAAAAGAACACCAAGGAAGUACCUCACAGAAGCGAGAGGAUGCUUGUUUCCGAUGCGGUACCAAGGGACAUUGGUCUCGUGUGUGUCGUACUCCUGCACAUCUUUGUACAUUGUACAAAGAAUUCGUCAAAGGCAAGGGAAAGGAAGUCAAUCUUGCGGAGCAUUCUGAGGGUACAACGCACCUCGAUGCAUCUGACUUUGCAGAUGAUUUUGACGAUACCGCCCUUACGAAAGCCUGA